CUGUACCAGUACCACCCACUACUGACAAGCUGCUCGCCGUAAGGGAUGCUUGAUGUCGAUUUCCAUGACCGGCUCUGAACGACACGCGUUCCAGAGAGUGUCAGUGGCAGCAUACUAAUUUGCUCCCGCCUGCUGGUCAGACAACCGGCUGUUUCAGUGGUAGUAGUUCAAUGGCUUGGGUCCCACCACCUGGAAUUUGGAUGGGAUCAUAAUUCCGUACUAUAUUCUUCGUACCCAGUUCUCUGAAUUUGCACACCACUGACGGACAUGAUUAACAACAACGUUCGCGGGCUCCGACUUAUCUAUCUUUAGUGAGUUCAUUCUGCGUCAUGUUUCAUGUUUCCGCCAGUCAUUAAUCAGCAUCGUCCUCUCACUUAAAGGCGUCGAUAGAUGUAAGACCCUCUGCAACCAUCAUGUCUCGUAAACUCAUUGUCGUCUUUGGAGCUACGGGAAAUCAAGGAGGCUCUGUCGUUGCCUCGUUUCUCGAGAACAAAGCUUAUGUCGUUCGAGCCGUCACUCGGAACCCAGAUAGUGAUAAGGCGAAGGCUCUCGCUGCAAAUGGUGCUGAAGUCGUCGCUGCGGAUCUUAAUGACCAAAAGAGCCUCGUCAAGGCACUCGAGGGUGCGCAUGCAGCGUUUGGCGUUACAGACUUCUGGGCUACGCUAUCUACCCUCGAACCCAACGGAGCUUUCGAUGGGGAGAUCCAGCAGGGCAAGAACCUCGCCAAUGCCGCCGCCGCCACUCCGACGCUCGAGCACUACGUCUGGAGCACCCUUCCGAUGACGAAAAACACCACCAACGGCGCUGUUACCGUUCCGCACUUCGACAGCAAAGCCCACGUCGACGAAUAUAUCAUCUCUUCCCUUCCAGAUCGAGCGAAGAAAACCACUUUCUUCUGGUCAGGAUACUAUGCCACGAACAUGGCGUCCUCGAAUUCUCUAGCGAAGAAUGAGUCGGGGAAGUACGCUUGGGUUCUUCCUUGCUCACCGAAUGCGGCGACGCCCGUGGUCGGAUUGACGACCGCGAAUGUGGGCGUCUUCGUUAGUGCUAUCAUGGCGAAACCGGAUAUCUGCCUGCCUUCGAAGUACGUCCUGGGGUCAGUUGAAAUCUUGACUAUGGGCAAGACCCUUGAGUUAUGGGGAGAGGUAACGGGCGUCGAGACUGUGUUUGUGCAGAAGGAUAUGGAUGACUAUGUGUCGUCAUUUCCUGCCGGUCCGGUAUUUGGAAAGGAGUUGGGGUUGAACAUGAAGUUCUGCGAAUUUGGGUUGAGCGGAUGGUCGAAAAGAGGCGAAAAGAUUGUGACAAAAGAAGACCUUGGGAUUAAGGACGCGCAAUUGGUCAACACCAAACAAGCCUUUGAGAUGAUGGAUUGGACCCACAUUGUAAAGGCAUAGUCGUAUAGGAUUCGUUAUCACACACUUAAGGUAUUUCUACUCGAAUUUUCUCUGCCCGACGCUGUAAACAUGUAAUUAUAGUACUUGAAUUCGAAAAAAAUAGUCCACGUUGGGCAAUACAACCCCUCAAGUGCGACAUUCCGGG